CCUCGUUUUUCACUUAAUCUCGAGAACCUGCAGGCAUGGAGGCGAAGGACUUAUUUCGGCUGCUAGGAGCAGGCGCUAAAUUCGAUUUUAAGCGUUUUAAAGGUGAUGCGGAGAAGUUAGAGAUAAUUAGACCCAAGAAAGAAAAAGACCAAUCUGAUGGAAUUGCAGCCACUCUUGAUUUCUUUGGAGAUGCAUCAAAACAGAGUUCUAUCACUCAUGGUGAACACAAAGAUGGUGAAAGUGACAGUGAAAAUGAUGUUGUUCUUGAAGAGAACAUGCCAUCACAAGAACUGCAGUUGUUAGGGAAUAUAAAGUCCAGUGGACUUGAGACAAAGUCAGAAAGCAGAAAAAGAAAGAAAAAGAAAAGCAACAAGAAGAAUGCCAAAAAAGCUGACCUGAAGCAAGAAAAGGUCAAUCAUUUCCGUAGACAGCACAGAAUCCAUGUACAUGGCACUGAUAUUCCAGACCCAAUUGCUUCAUUUGAACAAUUGAAAGAUAUGCACAAAGUUAACCCAAAGAUAUUAGACAAUGUGAAAGCCCAUGGCUACAAUGUACCAACACCAAUUCAGAUGCAGGCAAUACCAGCUAUGUUGCAUAGAAGGGAACUACUGGCAUGUGCCCCCACAGGCUCAGGGAAGACUGCAGCCUUUGUUCUCCCUGUUCUCCACCACUUAUGUGAGCCCAGGAACACUGGGAUAAGGGCACUGAUACUUGCUCCAACCAGAGAACUAGCCAAGCAGACUUACAGGGAGUGCUGUAGGCUUGCUGAAGGUACUGGUCUUCGCAUAAACUUUAUUGAAAAGGCUAUCACAGCUGGACAGCAUGUUUCUCAGAAAUUUGAUGUUCUGGUGACAACACCAAACAGACUUGUGUUUUUAUUGAAGCAUGAUCCACCUAUCAUAAAGCUAAGCAGUGUUGAGUGGUUAAUUGUAGACGAAUCUGACAAGUUAUUUGAGGAAGGAAAGCAGGGUUUUAGGGACCAGCUGGCCUGUAUAUAUAACGCCUGUGACAAUCCCAAUGUGAGACGUGGUAUGUUUAGUGCAACAUUUGCAGAUGAAGUUGAAGAAUGGUGCAGACUUAACUUAGAUAAUGUACUUUCUGUGUAUAUUGGAGCUAGGAAUGCAGCUGCAGACCUGGUGCAGCAAGAACUGGUGUUUGUAGGAAAUGAGUCUGGAAAGCUAUUGGCAUUAAGAGACAUAUUCAAAAAGGGCUUCCAUCCUCCUGUGUUGAUCUUUCUCCAGUCUAAGGAGAGAGCCAAGGAAUUGUUCAGCGAGCUGAUAUAUGAUGGCAUGAAUGUGGACGUCAUCCAUGCAGAUAGAACACAACUUCAGAGAGAUAAUGUCGUGAAAAGCUUUAGAGCUGGGAAAAUAUGGGUGCUGAUUUGUACCGAACUCAUGGGAAGGGGUAUUGAUUUUAAAGGAGUUAAUUUGGUGGUCAACUUUGAUUUCCCCAAUAGUGCCAUCAGUUAUAUACAUAGGAUAGGUCGUACAGGGCGAGCUGGAAGACCAGGAAGGGCAGUCACUUUUUUUACUGAAAAUGAUGCUGUUAACUUGAGAAGCAUAGCAAAUGUGAUGCAGGAGGCAGGGUGUCCAGUACCAGAAUACAUGAUGACAAUGAAGAAACCAGACAAGAAAGUGAAAAGAAAACUGGCCAGAAGUGCUGUUAAGAGGAAACCUAUAUCUACAGUCCCCAAAUAUGACAGAGAAAGGUCCUGGAAACGAAAAGAAAUGAUCUUGCACACAAGGAAAAAGACUCAAAAACGGGUUCAAGACCAAGAAGAUGGUGCUAACACUGUUUGGUAUGCAGACAUACCAGAGCAUAAAAAGAAUGAAAUGAAGAAAAGAGAGAAGAUGAAAGCCAAGAUUUCUAAGGAAAUGGAAUCUAAUAUCAAUAAAAAAACUCCCAGAAUUAAUAAACUUGAACAGAAAGCUACAAAUAUCAGUUUAUUUAAGAAACAAAAUAUUAUCUUAAAAAAGAAAUCAAAGAAGAAAACCAAGAACAAAUAAGAGCAGU